AUGGCACCCGAUCGAUCUGGGAAAAGCGUGUUUUUGGGGAACAUCCCAUACAACCUCACCGAGGAACAGGUCAAAGACAUCCUCAGCACUGCUGGUGUCGUCACCAAAUUCCGGCUAAUGAUGAACCCGGAGACUGGAAAGCCUAAGGGAUAUGGAUUCGCCGAUUUCGCCGACGCUGAUGCCGCUGCCUCGGCAGUGCGCAACCUCAACGACUACGAGAUCAUGGGCCGCAAGAUUCGCGUUGACUGGCCACACAACAACGAGAAAGACUCCGUCCCGCUAGACUACUCACAACCAGCACAACAAAUGAUGGCUCCAGAGCCCAGCCAGCCCCAGCAGAUUCCGGGUUCGGUGCCGCUUCCUCCGCUCCCACCGGGUGUCGAGCUGCCACCUCACCUGGACUGCCCCAAUGCCAUCUCGCACACCCUCGCCUCUCUCCCACCCAACCAACUUCUUGACGUCCUCACCCAGAUGAAAUCUCUUGCCGCAGCCGACCCUGUUCGCGCGACGGAGCUGCUGCGCCAAGCGCCCCAGCUGGCCUAUGCUGUUUUCCAGGCUCUGCUGCUCAUGAACCUGGUCGAGUACCAGCUGCUUGGUUCUAUUGUUGAACAGGCCGCUCAGCCAGCGGCCCAACCCGCUGCUCCCCCUCAGGUCGCCCAGCAAUUCCAGCCCUAUGGUGCGGUCCCUGGCCAAAUCUCUACUCCGCCUGUCAUGGGCACUCCCUUUGCUCCUCCUCCACCACAACCUGCUGCUCAACCUCAAGUCCCGGGCCAAGAUGAGCUUCUUCAGCAGGUACUCAGCAUGCCACAGGCUGCUAUUGAUGCUCUUCCUCCUAUGGAGCGCAGCCAGAUCAUGCUGCUACGGCAACAAUUGAUGCAGGGUGCCAUGCGGUAG